UCUCAACAUAUCCCAUCGAACGACUUCUGUUCCCCAGUCGUACGACCACAAAGACAUCUCGCUCAUCGCAAGCAUCGUCGACCUCAAUCAUGAUCAUGACUCCCUUCACGACUUUCCUCCUCACUCUCUUGUCUCUUUUUGCUUUUGCGAUCGCGCUCCCCAUUAGCAAUCUCCAAGCAAGAGAUGUCUUCGUUCCACCCAUCUUGUACCCUCAUGCAGGUACUGUCUGGCAGGCCGGUAACCACCACAAUGUCACCUGGGACAUUUCUGGUGCGCCUGUCAAUAUCACUAACAAGGUCGGCAUGGUCAUCUUAGCCACCAAUGGUCUGGAGGAUAUUGAGCACCCUUUGGCAUCUAACUUCAACAUUUUGGAUGGCCGGGUUGAAAUUCAAGUCCCUGAUGUUCCGACGGGUAACAACUACGCUAUCGUCCUCUUCGGUGAUUCGGGCAACUUCAGCCCCAACUUCACCAUUAUCAAUUGAUCCGCCCUUUCAUAUUAUUGAAGCCAGGCGGGUCCCGACCCAGAUUUUACGAACAGAGUGACGUUAAUGUGUGCUAACCUACGGACUUGAUAUUACGGACUUUGGAUUUACUUACUCAUGAUCAAAGGACACUGAUUCGAAUGUACUUUCUGAGGAUAUUCUUUCGAUAUUAACCUACUUUUAUUGGGUGUACAGUAGGAGCAACUUGGACAAUGCAUUACUUUGAUGGCUUUACCAUGCUUCGUCCUUUCAGU